AUGGCAUCUCCAAUGUUAUACGGGUUGGAGUUGGAUGUACGUGGUUUCGAAGUUGAGCAACAACUGCAGACAGACCUGUUCGUCAACUACAGUAGAUACGCCCGACCGGCUGAACAUAAUGAACCAGUUGUGUUAACACUGGGACUUGUUAUUAUGCUACUGUUAGACGUGGUCGAGAAACAGCAGAUAUUAAAGACAAGUUGCUGGUUAAAUCAGUAUUGGCAAGACAAGCGCCUACAGUGGGAUCCAUCCGACUAUGGUAAUCUGAGUACAGUUAUCGUACCUACAAGCUGGAUAUGGAAUCCUGGUGUCGUUAUACAAAAUAGUGCGGGCAAUGAUUUUUAUAUUUCUGAAACAGAAAGACUAGGUAUAGAGUCGGACGGUUCAAUAACUUACACCCCACCUGCAAUCUUCGAAACACCAUGCCGAAUGAAUCUCGACUUUUUUCCCUUUGAUGUGCAGAAAUGUGAGUUGGUGUUUGGACCGUGGGACUACACCGUAGACCAGUUGCUAUUGACUCAAGAAAGUGAUCGUAUAUUCAAUGCCCUCCUAGCCCCGAACUCUGAAUGGGAUAUUAUAAAUUCAUCGGUUUCACUUUAUGAAGAAUUCUCUGAAAAUGGUGAACUAUCCUGGCAUAUUAUGACAUUUACUCUCGAAUUGCACAGAAAACCCCUGUAUUACGUCAUCAACAUAGUCAUUCCUUCUAUUAUGAUGGCGCUGUUGACUUUAUUGUUGUUUUUCCUCCCAGCCGACUCGGGUGAGAAAAUGUCAUUUAGCGUAUCAAUCCUGAUAGCGAUGUCGGUUUUCACUUUGCUGGUGGGGGAGAUGUUGCCCCACAGUUCGGACAGCGUCCCACUGAUCGGGCGUUACCUUCUGUUUAACACGUGUCUUGUCGCUCUCUCCAUCGCUAUUGCCAUAUUUGUUUUGCGAUUACACCACCGACCUCAGCACAUGUUGAAAAUGAGUCCGUUUGUACAGAAGCUAUUCCUCACGUAUCUACCAAAAAUUAUGUGUCUAAAGCCACUAGAACGAACUGGGUGUGCUCCGAGCAUUCACCCAAAUGUUCAAAAUCAUCAUGGGAACAGGAAGUCGCAAAUGAUCAUCGAAAACGUUGAAGAAUCUUUGCAGAAGUAUGACAAGCAGCCCAAAGAAGUUUCACGUAGCGAUGACAACAGUAUGAUGCAGAUUCUCGACAAGUUGUACGAUGAUGUUCAUUAUUUACGAAAUUCAAUGGAAGUGGAGGAAAGCAAGAAAGAGAUGUUGGAGAAGUGGAGGUACGUUGCCAUGGUUACAGAUUGGUUGUUUUUCUGGAUAUCGUUGUUGAUUUAUUGCAUCGGAACACUGGUUAUGUUUGGCAAUCCUGAUGCGUAUCAAUAA